UUCCACCCUCAUUCUUUUCGGUCUUCGCCACCCUCCGCAACUUUCCAUGCCAUCCUUGUUUGUUUUCUUGUUGCUGGUGAAAGGAAUCGAAGUCUAGUCCAUAGCGAUUCUACAUGAUUCGGCUCUGCACACCGUAAUGAUGAUGGCUUGGUCUCUCGAUCAACAAUGAAAUUGAGAUGUUAUCGUGUAGAUAUGUGCAUUAUUGGAUGUAUUGUUAUGUUUCGUAAAGCAUCAAAAUUGAUGGAUCUGAAGUUGGAAGAACGGAGUUGAAAGGAGGAUUCGUGUUCUAUUUACCGUGGAGAUUCGUGUUGAGGCUAUGAUUUGCUAUUGCUACUUUGGUUGGAACCUCUACAUAUUUGUGCGCGUACGUGUUUGUUCUUCUGGUCGCUCUCCUCUUACUCGUUUGGUCGGUGUCCAAUCUUGGGCGGCUGCGUUCCAUGCUUUGGAAAAGGAGGAGGGUGGUCGGAUUCCUCGUGCGAUCCGGUUUUGGCCUUCGUGGCACGCGAAGUAUUUAGUGGCGAAUGGAGUAGAUCCCGUCGUCCUCGAGAAAGAAGAGUAGCAUUCAAGCUAGGAUCGUCGCACACAAGGUGUUUGUUCUCGGGACCACAAGAAAACAAGGCCAAUAGCAGCAAUGUAGAACUUCGACGGGAAUGUUCUGGCUGCAAUCACUUGGGAAAAUACUAGCAGGAUGGUGAUGAAAAGCCGAACGGAUUGUUGCACACAAGGUGUUUGUUCACGGAACUACAAGGGAGAACUUCGAUCGAGAAGCUCACGCGUACAGGCCAAUAGCAGUGGAGAGAACAUGAAAAUGUGUACUUGGACCAACAAGUUUAGGCUAAGCAAGUGGUGGAGUUCUCUAUGGUAAGAAAGAUGACAGGACGGAGGGGAGAAAAUUAGGUGGAGCCUCUGGUCAGCAGUGUGGGACGACGGAACACAUCGAAAGGAAUUAUCAGGUGAAAUUGAAUAGAAAAGAUGUGUUGGCUCCAAUGAAGAAACCAAAACCGGCUUUGGUAUAUUGCGGGUUACAUCAAAGGUUUUGCUUGCCGUUUGAGGCCAUGCAUUGUACAUAUGUAUUUUGUCUGAUCGAUAGUUUCUAUGCAAGUUGUAAGAGACAGAAUGGGACUCAUGGGGAGGAUAUUAAAUGGGUAAAAGCAGAGGAAAAGGAUAUGAUGAUUUAGCGAGUUCGAAACAAGGAAGCGAUGGAGAACAGGAUGCAGAGGACGGAUCGCUACUCCCAGUCUUGUCCACCACUAUCUGUGACAGAGAUGGAGAUGCCAUGCAACGAACCAUCUGUCAAUUUUCCUUGUUGCUCAGGUUCUUGAAGUGGACAAGAAGUUUCCUUCAAUUUCAAAGUAUUAUUAUUAUUAUUAUUAUUCUUUGAAUAAAAUAAUACUUUAAAUAGACAAAAUAAAAGAAUAAUAAUAAUAAUAAAAAUGGACCAUUGUGUUGGUGGUCCACUACUUCUCCCACUCGGCUGUUACCACUCACCACGCUUCCUUCGCUCCAUAUAUUGAGCAAUCCUCCUCUCUUCGGAAUGAGAGAGGCGGCCACCUUCUCCUGGCCGACCAUCUAAUCGGAGCCAGAACAACGAGUUAGAAGCCCUUCGUUUCCUUCGUCUUCGCUCGAGCCAUGGUCGACGUCGAUCGCCACAUGGGGGGCCUCACGCCUGCCCACGCCGCCGGCCUCCGCCGCCUCUCCGCCCGCGCCUCUGCAGCCCCCGCAUCUUCCACUGCAGCCGUUUCCCACCAUGGCGGCCUCCUCUCCUUCCGCCCCCUCGCGGAGUCCGUCCUCGCACGUCUCCGCGCCGCCUCCGUACCCAUCCGCCCUGGCCUCUCCGAUGCGGAGGUCUCGCGCCUCGAGGCCGACCUCGCCGUCUCCUUCCCCCCGGACCUCCGCGCCAUCCUCGUCCUCGGGCUACCCUCCGCCCCCGGCUUCCCCGACUGGCGCCCCUCAUCCUCCUGCACCGACCUCCUACUCCGCGCUUCCCUCGACGUCCCCCUCGCCGCUGCUUCCCUCCAGGUCGCCCGCGGCGCCCUCUGGCCCCGCUCAUGGGGUCCCCGCCCUUCCGACCCCGACCGCGCCCUAGGCGUCGCCCGCGCCGCCCUCCGCCGCUCCCCCUUCCUCAUCCCCGUCUUCGAUCGCUGCUACAUCCCUUCCCGCCCCUGCCUCGCUGGCAACCCCAUUUUCUACGUCGACGAGCACCGCGUUUUCUGCUGUGGCUUCGAUCUCGCCGAUUUCUUCCAGCGCGAGCCCGCCUUCCCUCCGGCUUCCCGACGUGAUCCCCAACCGAUCAGCUCUUCCGACCCUCCGCUCCCGCCUCCCCCACCGCCCCCCGCCCGGCGGAGCCUGGACGCCGUCGCAGGGAGGACACCCCGGUGGAUCGAGUUCUGGAGCGACGCUGCCUCCGAUCGCCGCCGCCGGAACUCGUCCUCAUCGGCGUCCUCGUCCUCCUCCGGCUCGGCGUCACCGCGGCUGUCGGACCCGCAGCGGUCCGUGGAUAUCCGUUCUCAAAGGCGUCUGCCGGGCUGGGUCGACUGCUACCUCGACCAGAUCGGGUCGGUCCUCCGAUCGUCCGGCUGGGGCGAGUCGGACGUCAUCGAGAUCGUCGGCGUGCCACCAUCGAGGUUCUUCGACGGCGAUGUUGAAGCGUCGACCGCGGCCGCGAUCGACUCCGAAGCGGCGCUUGACGCACUGCUGGUGAAUGCGGACCGCUGCUCCCAGUCGCUCCGGCGAGCAGGGUGGAGCCCCGACGAGGUCUCCGACGCGCUGGGUUUCGACUUUCUGCGGCGAGAGGGGAGGCGGGAGAGACCUCCGAUGGAGUUACCCCCCGAGAUCGCCGCCAAGGUCGAGAAGCUCGCCGAGGCGGUGGCCACAUCCUGACGGGCGGUGUCCAGAUCCCCCACCUGGCUUCUUCUUUGUUAUUAUUUUAAGCACCUUUGUAACGGUCGACUAUGUAUCGUACGGGAAGCCGUAUGAAAAGGGGGCGGAUGACGUGUACAGAACAACAACAACUACAACAUGGAAGUUAUCAAAUGGACAAUAUCCAUGAAUCGUGAAACCGAUCAAACAAUAUUAUGAACUCAA